UGUAAAAAUAAAAAUGGUUUAGGUAUGUGGCCUAGUUAUGGUUCAUAAAUGUUCCAACCCAACACACAGCUAUAUCAUCCUUCACAACUUAUUGCUGUGUGGAUGGUGACGGUUUCAAUAGCCCAGAACCAGAAGAGAAAAGAGAAGAAAAAUCCUCAACUGCUUUUUGCUCCUUGCUUCUUCCGUGAACCCCCACAUCUUCCCUUUAUAAAUGAACAACCCUUUCACAUCUUCUGCAGAUAAACUUAUCUCAGCAGUUUCCAUGGAGCUAAUCAUCAUCAAGGCUAGACCCAUCUCCAUUACUUUGCUGCUGCUUCUUCUCGUACUGUCGGUACCUUAUUUUUCAACAGGGAGCUGGGAUGUUUCGGACAGGGAGGUGUAUGAGAUAGAUUAUAGAGGUCCAGAGACACACUCUUCGAUCCCUCCACCUGAUCAUUCUCAUGGCCACAGGCAUUGGAUUCAUCGGGAAACCGGUGCUGCAACACCCCACAAAUCUUCCAAGGGCUUAAAGGGUGGUAAUAGUAAAGGAAGAAAUGUCAGGAAAAUUCAUGGGUGAUGAAGCAAAGCCUCUUUGAAUGUUGAAUUUUUGUUAAAAUUGUAGUAUAGUAGCUUAUAGCUAUUAGCUAGUUUUCUUCUCUUCUAGAUAUGGAAGAUCAUAUGUGAAAAUUGAGAAAUGUUUUAAAUUGGCAGUCUUCUCUUGCCAUUAUAUAGCUUUAUUUCAUUAUCAUCAACCUUUUGUAAAUGUGGAUGGUGUGAUUUUGUAUCUGGAUAUUUCUAUAGUUUUGAGUAAAUGUAAUAUAUUCCUCUCUCUUUGAA